AUGGCUACAACUACUAAUAAUAUCAGAGAUAAGUCUACAUCAUUUAAUAUUGAUCGUUUAAUUGCUAAUAAUGACAACAACAAAAGUACCGAAAUGGAUUGUGGUAGGCAAGAUUAUCCGUCCACAUCGCAUGUGCAGUGCAGUCUUGAUAGAAAAGAUGCAAAAAAUAUUGCGAACAAUCUAAAUGGCAAAUUAUUAAAUCACUCCAUGCCUUCAACAAAAGCACCGGUCGUGACUAAUGCUAUGCUGGAUCAAAAUCAGCUUUAUCAAUGCUUCACACCGGUAACAUCUACUACAAUCAAUAAGAAUCCAUUCUUAAAUAAUUCUUUGGAAUUGCCCCUAAAUGUGACAGGAGGACGUCCACUUCAUUUACCGCUGAUGCAACUCCAAUCUCCGAUGCCAUAUCCUUUUCAGUCGCUAACGUGGCCCUACUUAGCUCGUCAUCCACGCGACAACAACAACAAUGCAGUAGCGGCUGCAGCUGCCGCUGCUGUUGCAGUUGGUCAUUUACCUAACGCGAUUCCAUCUUUAGAUGCGAUGACAGGUAAUUCUCAUCACUUAGCUCACAAGCGAUUAAUUGCUCGCCAUGGUUUAGUUAAACGUCGACCACGGACCGCAUUUACCUGUGAACAAUUGCUAACAUUAGAAGAGGAGUUUAAGAAAAACAGGUACCUUUCGCGAUCGCGUCGCCUUGAAGUAGCUAAGAUGUUGAUGUUAAAUGAGACGCAAGUCAAAAUUUGGUUUCAAAAUCGUCGCAUGAAAUGGAAAAGGAAUAAAAAUAAUGGUAAUCUGCCCAUUAGUGGAGGCGAAAGCGAUUACUCAAUUAAUAUGGAUGAAAGUAAAGAUUAA